ACUUUUCGAUAUACUAAAUAUUUCAGGAUAGGCUUUAUCUGUUUAUAGUGUUGCUGAGGAAAGGAAGCAACACAUCUGUAAAUCGAUCUCUGCGCUCAAAAUGUUUGUUGAUGGUGGGGUGAGAGGUCAUUAUGGAGGAAUGCUUUGCUAGUGAUUCUACCUAUGGAUCUCUAAGUGGAAUGCAAGACAGUAGUAGCAGCUUCAGUAUGUCACUGAGUGGCAGCGAUACGUUUGAGGACCAGCCCUCCACCAGUGGCUGCAGUAGUGAAAUGACUCACAAAGAGAAGCGCAAAGCUCGAGUCAAACAGUAUCUGCGGCAGCUUAAAGCAAUGGUGCCACCGGCAUCUGGAAGAAAAGGAAAGAUGGGGACACUAGGUGCCCUACAGCAUGUGAUUGGGAGUCUCCAAAAAAUUCAAGAGGAGAAAGAUAAAAGUAAUUUUUCUAAUAGUGAUGCACUAAUAGAAGAACUGGACAAUUCUCUCUUUGACAAAGAUAACCAACUCAAUGCACAGGUUCUACGAUCAGAGGAUGCCAUUCAAGUAAUUCUAACUGUCAAUGAUCUCUCCAUUCUCAGUGUGUCAGACAACAUAACUAAAGUACUGGGGUACCCAACGGACAGCUGGGUCAAUAGAAGUUUUACUCAUUUUGUUCACAAGAAGGACAUUGUGACCGUUAACACGAGUUUGAAUGUGGAAUCUGAGGAACAGGCCCAGAUGACAGACUGCGAUGAUUCAGCUGUAGAGAGCAAGACCGGAGAAAAAUCCAGUCAAAUAAGAAAAAAGUUCUUCUUCAGGAUAAGGAACUACAAAAGCCUUCAAUAUAGUGGGUUUAGCUUGGUCCGACCGGACAAGUUUACCACAGUGCAGGCUAGUAUGACGGUCAGCUAUUGUCCCGAGGGUAAGAAAAUAGAGUCCCUGCCAUCCUGUCCUUCAUCUGGAGAAACAGACAAAAGGAGCAGAAUAUGUAUCCACCUAGAGUGUGUACCCCUACAGUCACUAUACAAUGUAGAGAGUGUACAGCUGGAGAACCAGACCUUUUAUAUGAGACAUUCCAUGUACUGUAGCUACAGUUAUAUGCAUCCUAAUGCCAUUCCUCUGCUUGGGUACCUGCCACAGGACAUGAAUGGGAUGUCCAUUUUUGAUUUUUACCACAAAGAUGAUAUGGAAACCUUAUAUAACAUAUACAGACAAAUUGUAGUCUCCAAGGGAACCCCUUUUAAGAGUAAGCCAAUCAGAUUGAGGACCAGAAAUGGCUGCUGGCUGACGGUGGAGACAGAGUGGUCCAGUUUUGCCAAUCCUUGGUCCCACAGAUUGGAGUUUAUCAUUGGUCAACACAGGCUGGUCAAACCACCUAUUGAUGGAAAUGUGUUCAAUGAACCAGAUCGACCUUUGUUUAUGUCACAGUUGAGUGACUACCAGCAAAUGCUUCAACAAAAAAUUCGACAGAUGCUGCUUGAGCCUGUAACUGAGGGAAAAGUAAUAACACCACUCCAGUCUAGAGCUGAUUCUUCUGAUGAACAAAAGACCUCAGAAGAACCAGAGAAAGCCAUGAUUAAAAACAAACAGCAGAUAGAAAAGUACACCGACAGGAAAGCUGGAAAAUCCCCAGAUUCCCUCCAAUCAGCUGAGUCUAUUGGAAUCAGUUCUAUACAGACAUUCCCCGAACAUGAAACCUCUAUGGCUUAUGAGCAGCUUAAUUAUGCCAACAGUAUCAAAAGGUACUUAAUGAGCCAACAGAAAACAUAUUCCUCCUCCUCAGAGAAGAAAGCUACAUCAGAAGAGGAGACAGAUACCCCAUGUACCAUCUCAACAACUACUGCAGAACCAUCUGAUUCGGAAUUUGAAGUAGAUAUCUCAGUUCCAAAACCACCGAGCUUUGGAAGUAGUACAAAGGUACUCCUGUCAGAACAAGAACAAAGGGAGGAUGUGGCUGGCAGUCCUGCACAUCAGAUAGAAGAUAACACAGAAGACGCAACAAUAUCCCCAGGGGCCCCCGUCCCUAUACCCAUGCCACCCCCUCCCCCUCCUGUAGAGAGCCCCGAUACAUUUAAACCAGUAACUCUUACUCAGGAUGCCCUGUUACGUCACACAAAACAACAGGAAGAUCUGUUUGUGGCCCAUGCUAAACAAGACAGAAGUCCCAUCAUGCUGAAAUCUAAACAAGGCGAACAUUUACAAGAAAGAAAGAGAAGCCACUCUCCUGACCAAGACAAGGGGAUGCACAGACCUAACAAGGCCUCCAGGGGGGACAGUAGUAUUCUGAUCCCUCCAUUUCCCCUCCCAAGUAUAGGAUGUACACAGUGUAGACAGGGCAGCACGUCCAGAGAUAAAAUGUGUCACCGUUCCUACAGGAAUGGGAAUAAGAAUGAGGAACAGUAUACCACAUCUCUAGCGGGACUUCCUGUGUGUACCACCAAACCAUCACAGAGUAACAAGGGGUGCAGGGUGACUCCCGCCCCCGGGAAUGUCAUGUGGCCUUACUACCCACAGUUAGGCUCAGGGGCCUCAUUUUAUCCACAAGUAAUGGGAGGGUUUUAUCAGGAAUCUAGUGGCCCUCCUGCUACACUUAGCUUCAAUGUCUCUAGUUCCAUGCCCUCCCCUGCCAACACUAAUGGUACUACAGUAGCUGGGACUGGUAGACAUAAUUUACAGGUUUUGCAGGGUCACUGCCAGGGUCCGUUUCACUUGCCGUCCAUCACCACCUCGUUUUCCUCCUCCUCGGACAUGUCCAUCUCCCACACAGACAGUGGCUCUUCCUAUCUCUAUCUACUGGACUCAGAUGACCAGAACAGUGGGCAAGAGGUGGACACUAAGGCUAAAGAAAACAAAAGCAAUAAACGACAAACAGAACCACCAUGGCUAGAAAACAUCUGCUGGAAUAAGAAGCUGGCCAUGAACUACCAACUCCCAAAUCGGAAAAAGAACAGGGUAUUGAAGUCAGAUAAAGCCUUCAUUACGGCGUCUGAAGCUUCAAGUGUUCUCCUACAACAAAUGAUGGAGCUACAGAGUGAUAUUGAACAAAGUCAAGGGGCUCCUGUUAUUGAUGAAGAAUGUGACUAUCUGUUCUAUGAGGAGGAGGAGCCAUUUUCUGACUGUGACAGUAGACUUAUCUCCCUUGAAGACAUUCAUGAAGCUCUGUCUCGAUGUGAAAAUCACGAGGAUGGCAUUGGAUGCUAUAAAGAAUUAAAAAUGAACUCAGAACAGAAUAAAAAACCAUUAGGGAAAAAAUCAAGUGACCCAAAUAUGGACGUUUCUUUAGAAUCAGAAGUUGUGACAUCAUCUGUUGUCGAUGAUAGGAUUGCUACUGAGCAGGUGGAUGGAAUGGACUGUCAAACUGAAAACCAGCCACCUCUGGAAACCCAAACACCUUUAGAUUCACAAGAACCACUAGAUACUCAGGGACCAUUAGACUCACUGACAAUGGAUAUUGAGUCUAAUUGUUCUAAAACGUCGAGUGACUUAACUCCGAGUGAUGAGAGAAGUAGUGGCGAGGCAGGAAGUUCUGUUAAAGAGUCGGACGCGACGUCAUCCAAAGGAUCACUAGACGAGGGCAAAGACUCCUCCGAAUCAGAUGUAGAUGUGGGGAACAGCACCAGGAAAGAUUUCUUUGACAUGUUCUUUGUCAUUCCACCAAUAUUCUUUGUAAAUCAUUGUACAACACCAUUCUGGAAUCGUAAUUUUGAUAUGACACCAUUAAUGGAAAUGGAAUACACAGUGAAUGCAAAGAACCCUGAAAAAUGUUUAGGGGAUGACAUGAGAAGCAUUAGGAAUGUUGUACAACCAGAUCUGGUGAAGAAACAAAUGAACUUCAUGAUGGAGGAAUUAAAUUUGUUCAAAAAAUCCCCAGAAGAAAGUGACACUAAACCUCAAGAAACUGUGACUGGUAGAAAGGAAAGUAGGUGUUCUGUGGACAGUAGUUCAGUAAAGAAACCGGCAUCACAACUGAGGUGUAAACCAGAGCCAGUCUUAACUGAGGAUGUGUUUAACAGUCUAUUUGUGAACAUGUUUAAUGAGGACUUACCGACUAGUUGUAAAGAGCGAUCACCAGAUAUAGAAGAUAUUUCUGACUCGCUGGAUGAGGUGGAUUAAAGUGAGAUAAGAGAUUACGGAUAUUUGUCUGUGAAAGUUAGUAGAGAUUACUGAUAUAGGUGUAUAAGGGUGUUAAAGAUUACUAAAUUGUGUCUGUGAAAGUGAGUAGAGAUUACUGAUAUAUGUGUGUGUGAAUGUGUUUGAGAUUACUAAAUUGUGUGACAAGAGAUUGUUGAUUUGUAUCUGAAAGUUAGUAGAGAUUACUGAUGUAUAUGUGCGAGGGUGUUGGAGAUGACUGAAUUGUGUGACUAGAGAUUGUUGAUAUGUAUCUGUGAAAGUUAAUAGAGAUUACUGAUACUUGUUUGAAAGUGAAGAGAGAUCACUGAUAGUAGAGAUUACUGGUAUGUGUGUUUGAGUAGAGAUUACUGAUAUGUAACUGAAAGUGAUUAGGGAUUUCUGAUAUUUGUGUCUGUGUGAGUAGAGAGAUUAAUAAUAUGCUUGCCUGUAUAAUUUUUUUUUUUGCUAUACCAACAACGAAACCAUGAUUAACCAUUUGUCCUUUCUUAAGUGAUUUUUAUGUUUAACUAUAAAAACUUUUCAGGUGUAACAGAGAAAAUGUUAAUACAGAUUUAAUAUAUUUUGUAUUCAACACCAGCAGAUUGCAACCAGCCAAGAGAUUUAUCUACCUGUUUUAUUUGAUUACCUUUUCUACGUAAAGGGGAGAAAUGAGAAUGAUCCUUGACUUUAGCGCUGGAGGUGUGAAUAUACUAUAGGGGAGUCCAGGGGCAUGCCCCCUGGAAAUUUUCAGAUACAUGUUCCAAAAAUCUGCAUUCAGAGAGCUUAUCUGGGGGGGGGGUUUAUUUUUUGAAGUAUCAAAAAUAAAUAUAUUUUAGAUGUUACACGUGUAAGUUUAAUCAGGAAAUCUUCUGUAAUUAAAAGGGGAAUUUUGAAAUUUUUUCCAAAGGGGAAGGCUACCAUGUAGUGCUAGUUGAAACAGCAUUGAUAAAUCCCUGAAGCCACACUCACUACUAUAUCUUAACUGUGUGUCACUAGAAGCACACAGUAGUGAUUCUGUCACCGACCAUAAAUUAUUAGACAAUCAGCAAGGAAGUCCCAACACAUCCCUGACUAAAUAGUUGUGAUACACACAGGGUACCAGGGGUUAAAUAAGUAGAUAAAGCAUUUCCCAUGUUUAACAAAAUUUUGUUAAACUCUGAAGUUCCUGCUUUUUGAUCUCCUUUAACAUUGUACACAUGUAUAUACAUAUUUUACACAUUUCAUUGUAAGUUAUUUUUGAUAAGUCCCCUGAAAGUUGAGUGCAGACAUAUUGUUUGUAUGAAAGGACACUUUUAAGACACAAGUGUUUAAGAAACAUGGUAUAAAAUAAAGCCAUGUGCUUACAUUGUCUUACUGGAACUAUUUUGUUGUCAUUGAUAUUAUUACAAUGUAUUGGUUUGUUUAUGUGUUGUCUGUAGAUUUUAAAGUAAAUAGCAUUGUUGUGAUUGAAUAUAGUUGACAGUGUGGCAAUGCCAUAAAAAAUUGUUGUGUAGCUUUUGUGAUUUAUCAUGUUUUAUAUCAAUUUUAAUUUUGUAAGAGUUAAAUUCCAAAAUGGGUCUUGUUUCUGUCUCCUUUGCGACUGACCUGAAAUAUUCACCCAAGUUAUGAGAUUUUGUUGCUGUGUUUUGGAACAAUGCUUUUUUCUUUGCAUACAAAGCUGACUAUGUACUUUUACUUUAAAGAUGUUAUAGGAGGGGGAAAGAAAAAUCCUUAACUUUCCUCUUUGUACAUGUAAGUCAAAAUGAUGAGGCACAGAGAUUUAACAGAAUUUUAAUUUAAGCUUUGUAAGCAUGAUAACAAGAUAUUUUUAUAGGAAAUGAUAAAUCCUAUUUAACAUGGUCUUCUAGUCACAAAGGGUUAUAUUUCAGAUUACAUACUAUGUAUGUGAGUGUAUUUUUAAGAUAACCAUUAUCUUCAUUAAUUUGUAAUCACUCAAAUCUCUUGACUGUCCACGAAGCAUUUUUCUAUUAAUUGUGAUCCGUUUUCAAGGAAUUCUAGGUACAGGGGUACCAAUGUACAAGGAAGAACUUUUUUGUGCUGAAUCAAAAUAAAACCUGUAUACCAGGAUUAUUUCCAAUUUUCGUGAAUAAAAAGACGAGGAAUAUUAUCCAAAGCUAACAGGUUCUUCCCAAGUUUCUUUUCGAGCACAUUUUCUGGGUAUCUGUAUAUGAAAAUAUAGGAAUUAUUUAUAAUGAUGUUAAUCCUUAUUAUAUAGAAAGGGGCAUGUGACUAAAUAUUUAGAUAAUCCCCUGAUUAUCUGACAUUAUCAGGGUGUCUAAGAGUUUUCCAAACUGCUGGACAGUGAUAUCCAAUUAAUUCUUUUUGACCAAAGACCAUGUAAUUUCUGACAUUUACUUCUUAGAUCUUUUGUAAAACAUCGACAUCUCAACCAUCUGCAUUACACAUUUGUUUGUCAUUCCAUUGUUGUUUGUUAUUAAUGAAUUCUGAAUAAAUUAUUUCAAAA